AUAUCAUUUUCAUUCUUUAUUUUCUUUUUCUUUUUGUUUGUUUCGUAAAUCGAGAAACCCUGUUUCGUCUCCUUUCCUCAAUUCAACGAUCCUUAAGAGUUUGCACCCAAAGUUACAUAAACAACCCCCACCGUUACAUACGAAGCUUGUGACAAACAUUUCUCCUAAAGCUUUCUCCUCCUCUGUUUUCAUCUCUCUGAAACACAAAGAAACCUCUUAAGAAUCAUAAAUGAUGAUAAAUCCAUUGUUAUCAAUCCAGAACUCCCCAACCACGUUCUUGAAACCACCAUUCUCCUCCAUUAACAGAAAACUACAACUACAAGAGAAGCAGAACAAGAACAAUAUCCUCAAAUCAAGAAGAGCUACAACCUUCGCAUGUCUCUCCAUUUCCAGAAAAAGGAGAAACAACGGUGUGUCUGAAUCUGAAGAAACGACGAGGUAUGAACAAAUGGGUGGAGGAGGAAUCUCAGUUUUGUGUGGGUUAGGUUACUGGGUGCAGGGCUCCAGAUGUUUCCCAUGGCUUGCACUUAACUUCCACAUGGUUAACACCCUCGGACUCCAACCAUCUACCCUUCAGCUUGUUCAGUAUUCUUGCCUUCUUCCCAUGGUGGCUAAGCCUCUCUAUGGAGUUCUCUCAGAUGUUCUCUACAUCGGUAGUGGUCGUAGAGUUCCUUACAUCUCCAUUGGAGUGUCUCUGCAGGUAUUAGCAUGGGGUUCAAUGGCGAUGUUCCAAGGAGCUAGAGAGGUUCUUCCUUCUCUAAUAGCAUGUGCCUUGCUCAGUAACCUUGGAGCAUCCAUCACCGAGGUCGCAAAAGAUGCUCUCGUUGCUGAAUACGGUUUGAGAUAUCGAAUAAACGGUCUUCAGUCUUACGCCCUCAUGGCUUCAGCAGCUGGUGGAGUCCUAGGGAACUUGCUUGGAGGAUAUCUCUUGCUCAGAACACCUCCCAAGAUCUCGUUCCUCGUCUUCACCGCGGUCUUGUCUCUUCAGCUCCUUGUCUCCUUUUCUUCCAGAGAAGAGUCUUUUGGUUUGCCACGGAGGAAAGAGACAAGCUCGGUUGUGAUGAGCGUGAAGAAACAGUUUUCUAAUCUCAUGGAAGCUAUCCAGGAGGAGGAUAUCUCACAGCCUAUGGUUUGGGCAGUAGUGUCCAUCUCAAUGGUUCCACUUCUCUCGGGGUCAGUGUUCUGCUACCAAACACAAGUUCUAAACCUAGACCCUUCCGUUAUAGGAAUGUCCAAAGUGAUUGGACAAGUGAUGCUUCUUUGUCUAACCGUUGUCUACGACCGGUACUUAAAGACACUCCCCAUGAGACCACUCAUCCACAUCGUCCAGCUCCUAUACGCGUUAUCCAUCCUCCUCGACUAUGUUUUGGUGAAGCAGAUAAACCUCGGAGUUGGUAUCUCCAACGAAGUCUUUGUUCUCUGUUUCUCUAGCUUAGCGGAGAUCCUCGCACAGUUCAAGAUCCUUCCCUUCGCAGUUCGGUUAGCCAACAUGUGUCCUCAAGGCUGCGAAGGAUCGGUCACAUCGUUUCUCGCUUCGUCUCUUUGUCUAUCACAGAUUUUUAGCGCGUUCUUAGGCGUAGGGUUGGCUAAUGUGAUAGGUGUAACGUCUAGUAACUACUCAAACCUGCCUACAGGGAUUAUAGUACAGUCUCUAGCAGCUUUGGUGCCUUUGUGUUUCAUGCACUUCCUCCCAAUGUCGGAGCCUGUGAUUGAGAAGGGAGUGAAAAGAGGUUCGAGUACGAGAAGCAGAAGAAGUAGAAGAGUAGGGAGAGUAGUGCGGCAAGAAAGUAUAGCUUAUCGACGAGGAAGAGAGUCGGAAGAAGCACAAAGAUAGCGUAAGCAACAAGUAUGUAACACAUUAGAAUAACGUAUACCUUGUUUAUAAUGAGAUUUUCAGUUUUGAUUAGAAUU